AUGGACCGUCACUUUACUACUCCGGCCGUGUGGCUUCUGAUUGUUCUUACUUCUUGCAACCUAGCGCUAGGAAAUGUAAAUGUUAUCCCUUCUGGAUCUUUGAACAUGUUUGAGUUCAAUGACAUUUUGGAAGGCGCUAAUCCUGCUGUGCUUUUCUUCAUACCAAGUGAAUGUGUAUCAUGUGAUGCCUACGAAGAGUUGCUCGCCAAAUUAGACUCAGAUCAGUUGUAUUCAGGGGAAAUUCACCGAUCAGAUGCUUCUGUUGUACCGGGUUUUCCACUAACCGAACCCCCUCUUAUUGCGUUCGCUGAUUCGGUUCGCAGACUGCCAUACUGUGGCCCCCUAAAGUCUUCUGAUUUGAUGGAUUCUAUCCAACAAUUUUCCGCUGGUGUUCGUGCGGCGCGCCUAAACGAUGCCAAUUUCGAACACGAUACCCAAGCUUCUACUGGCUCUACCACCGGGGACUGGUUGAUUAUAUUUGAUGCUAUCACCGAGUCUACUCUGCAGCUGUACGACGGUUUGUGCCUGAGCCUCAGAGCACGGGGUGUCAAUCUGGGGGUUAUCGAUCCUUCGCACUCUAUCCGUACGUCCAAACGAUUCAAUGUGACUUUGUUACCAUCUGGACACAUUACUGUGCUAAUGUUGCAUCGCUCGGAACUGUAUCGUUACAACGAACCUAUCAAACGCACCAUGACCGAUCGUCUCCUCAGGUUUGGUCUUGGUGGCUACAAAAGUUAUCAAAAAUCCGUCAUUCCCCGCCCAAGGAUGCGGUUUGACGAAGCGCUUGAUUUCCUCGUCGACGUUUACGUGGGACUAGAGUCACAGUACGAUUCACGGCUCGUCUUUCUGGCCGCUGUGUUUACUCUUCUGGCCACAAUCGCAGUGUUGAUGACCGUGCUACUCGCAUGUUUCCGGUUCGCUCGGGGUUCGCCUUCUACCAGUAGCGAUUCCGGUGACUACGCCCGCAUCACAGAUACUACUCCAUCCGAUGCGACGGAGUUUGAUCACAAGCCCAAAAGCGAAUAA